AUGCAAUUACCAGAAGGAUAUUCAUUUAGAAAAUUACAGCUUUCUGAUUACUCAAAAAAUUACAUUGAAACACUAAAAAUAUUGACAACUGUAGGUGAUAUAACACCAAAUGCGUUUGAUAAAUUAUACAAACAUUGGCAGGAAUAUUCAGAAAUUUAUUAUCCUCAUGUCAUAACUGAUGGUAGUGACACAGUGGUUGCUACUGGUAUGUUAUUGGUUGAAAGAAAACUAAUUCAUGAAUGUGGUCUAGUCGGACACGUUGAAGAUAUCGCAGUAGCUGAGUCAGAGCAAGGGAAGAAACUUGGGCACGCGUUGAUUUCGGGCCUUACAGAAAUUGCCAAGGAGAAGGGAUGUUAUAAAGUAAUUUUAGAUUGUUCACCUCAUAAUGAACCAUUUUACGAGAAAUGUGGCUAUCAGAAUAAAGGCACUGAGAUGGAAAAGAGGUUCUAA